AACACACGUUUCGAAAUGGCUCUUCGAGUGACCAGAAACCGCUUGGCUUCUACCAGGACUGACCUCGGGGGAACCUGCCAGGUCACCGGGCCCGCAAUGAAGCCCCGAGCAGCGCUGGGAGAAAUCGGAAACAUCCCAGUUAACAAAGAAGUACAGAAAAAGGCUGUCAAGACAGAGGCUGUUAAGAAGACCAAAGUCGCCACCAAAAAAGCAGUUGUUGAACAACCAAAACCAGAAAAUGUUGUUCCUGCUAAACUGGAGCCGGAGCCAGAGGUGCAGGUUCUCCCUGAGCCAGCAUCCCCAACUCCAAUGGAGACCUCUGGCUGUGCGCCUGCUGACCUCUGCCAAGCAUUUUCUGAUGUCAUGCUUCACAGCGCUGUCAGGGAUGUGGAUGCAGAGGACUAUGACAACCCCAUGCUCUGCAGCGAAUAUGUAAAAGAAAUCUACAAGUACCUCAGACAGCUAGAGGUUGAGCAGAACGUCAGACUCUCUUAUCUGCAGGGACAGGAGGUUACUGGUAACAUGCGGGCGAUUCUCAUUGACUGGCUAGUGCAAGUGAGCCUAAAGUUCCGUCUUCUGCAAGAGACGAUGUACAUGACUGUGGGAAUCAUUGACCGCUUUCUACAGGAGCACCCAGUCCCCAAAAAGCAGCUUCAGCUGGUCGGCGUUACUGCCAUGUUCCUUGCUUCCAAAUACGAGGAGAUGUAUCCCCCAGAGAUCUCAGACUUUGCCUACGUGACGGACAGGGCUUACACCACAGCCCAGAUCAGAGACAUGGAGAUGACUAUUCUUCGGGUGCUCAAUUUCCAACUGGGCCGCCCUCUUCCCCUGCAGUUCCUGAGAAGGGCUUCAAAGAUUUACGAGGUAACUGCUGAGCAACACACCCUGGCCAAAUACCUCCUGGAGCUCACCAUGGUUGACUAUGAGAUGGUUCACUUCCCGCCUUCCAUGUUGGCAUGUGCCUCUUUGGCUCUUACCCUCAAGAUCUUGGAUGCUGGAGAAUGGGAUGUGACACUGCAGCACUACAUGGACUACACGGCAGAGAGUUUGAUUCCUGUGAUGGCACACAUUGCCAAGAAUGUUGUGAAGGUGAACGAAGGGCUGACCAAACACAUGGCCAUUAAAGGAAAGUACUCGACUUCGAAGCAGAUGAGGAUUGCCACCAUCUCGCAGCUCAAGUCGUCAGUGGUGAAAGAUCUGGCAACGCAGCUCACCCAGUGAGAUGCCAAUGUGUUUGGCACCAUGUGCUGAUUUGUACAGUUGUAACUUAAACUUUUUUUUAAUGUGACUGAAGGGGCUGCACACCAAGGACAAUGUCAGUGGUUUGUGGGAUAACUAACUGAAUAUCAUGUAUGCUUUUUUUUACUGAUCCUUUUUGAAAGCAUGCCACAAGUUUUUAACUUUUGGUUUUCAAUCUGAAAGCUGGGCCUUUAUAAUGGAUAGCCCACAUACAAUGGCAGUUUAGUCUUGGGAAAUGACUUGCUCUGCAGUGAACCAUGUCACCUUAUAUACCAAACAUGAGAUUCAGUUGGCAACAGACAACUCCAAUGCAACACCGUUCAUUAAUGCACUACUUGCCAACUGAAACCUCAGCUGCAUGUCCUUGAGCAUAUAUUUAUAUUCCACACUUGAAUGUACUUGCUCUAUAAUUUUACAAAGUCCCAAAUUUAUAUCACUGACAAGCUAUUUUUAUUGCUUAGAAACUGCUGCCAAGUGGAUGCAAAUUUAAAACUUGUGACAUGAUCUAAAAUGGUCACCAAUAUAGGGGCCAGUGUAUGGGUGUGGCUUUUUUUUUAUAAUGGGAUUGUUUUCUUAAUCCAUGUAAAAUGUACAGCAAUGCUUUUAUGGUUUUACAUUCUUAAAUGUCUUGUUCCUAAAGCCUCUAUUAAAUGGUUCUAACCAGAUGUAUGCAGCCAUGUCAUUAAUGUU